GCGGGUGCCCGAGAAGAAACCCCCGCCGCCAGCGCGAACGUGCUCCGUGCGGUGACCGGUGCGUCUUUCAUUAUAAACAACAGGAGAGUGACCGCUUAACGGGUAAAACUCCGCGAUAUUCUCACCGAGCGCGAUCGUUAGACACCUAUUAACUGACUAUUCCCCUCCAUUAAAAGAAGAAAUCCGCCAAAAUGUCCGAAAGCCCGUCCACCGAAGAACAGCGGGAGGAACAGACUGAACUUGAUGAAGCCGGGGGAGCUGAGGAAAAGUCUGACUCCGAUGCGGGGAAAGAGUCUUCCUCAGAUGCUGGUGCUGAUGGACCCGAUGCCUCCUCUUCCUCCUUCUCCCCAUCCAAAGCAUCCUCAGCGGGCUAUGAAGAGAAAGUGAAAACCGAUCGGACGAACAGGUUUGAAUACCUGUUGAAGCAGACUGAGUUGUUCGCUCACUUCGUCCAGCCGGCCGCACAGAAGACCCCCACGUCCCCUCUGAAGAUGAAACCGGGGCGCCCACGCAUCAAGAAAGACGAGAAACAGAACCUGCUCUCGGCUGGAGACAACCGUCAUCGGCGCACGGAGCAGGAAGAAGACGAGGAGCUGCUGAACGAGAGCACCAAGACGACCAAUGUGUGCACGCGCUUCGACGAGUCCCCCUCUUAUGUGAAGACCGGAAAAAUGAGAGACUACCAGAUCCGUGGUUUGAACUGGCUCAUUUCUUUAUAUGAAAAUGGAAUUAACGGCAUUCUCGCUGAUGAAAUGGGUUUGGGGAAAACUUUGCAGACAAUUUCUUUAUUGGGGUACAUGAAGCAUUACAGAAACAUCCCCGGGCCUCACAUGGUGCUCGUGCCCAAGUCCACCCUCUACAACUGGAUGAACGAGUUCAAACGCUGGGUGCCCUCCCUGCGCGCAGUGUGCCUCAUAGGAGACCGAGACCAGAGGACUGCACUGAUCAGAGAUGUGCUGCUGCCUGGAGAAUGGGAUGUGUGCGUAACAUCCUACGAAAUGUUGAUCAUUGAAAAAGCAGUGUUCAAGAAGUUUAACUGGAGAUACCUGGUCAUUGACGAAGCUCACAGAAUCAAGAACGAGAAGUCAAAGUUGUCUGAAAUCGUGCGAGAGUUUAAGACCACAAACCGUUUGCUUCUGACCGGAACCCCGCUGCAGAACAACCUGCACGAGCUGUGGGCGCUGCUCAACUUCUUACUGCCAGACGUCUUCAACUCCUCUGAGGAUUUUGACUCGUGGUUUGACACAAAUAACUGCCUGGGAGAUCAGAAAUUGGUUGAACGUCUUCACACUGUGUUGCGUCCUUUCUUGUUGCGUCGUAUCAAAGCUGAUGUAGAAAAAAGUCUUUUGCCGAAAAAAGAAAUCAAGAUGUACAUCGGCCUGAGUAAGAUGCAGCGAGAAUGGUACACAAAGAUCCUGAUGAAGGACAUUGACAUUCUGAACUCGGCCGGUAAAACGGACAAGAUGCGUCUGCUGAACAUCCUGAUGCAGCUGAGGAAGUGCUGUAAUCACCCGUACUUGUUCGACGGAGCGGAGCCCGGACCCCCCUACACCACCGACCUCCAUCUGGUCGUCAACAGCGGCAAGAUGGUGGUGCUGGACAAACUGCUGCCCAAACUCAAGGAGCAAGGGUCCCGUGUCCUCAUCUUCAGUCAGAUGACCAGGGUGCUGGACAUCUUGGAGGAUUACUGCAUGUGGAGGAACUACGGCUACUGUCGCCUGGACGGUCAAACGCCUCACGAAGAAAGACAGAUCUCUAUCAACGUUUUCAACGAACCCAACAGCAGCAAGUUUCUCUUCAUGUUGAGCACCAGAGCCGGAGGUCUGGGCAUCAACCUGGCCACAGCCGACGUCGUCAUCCUGUACGACUCCGACUGGAACCCCCAAGUGGAUCUGCAGGCCAUGGACCGAGCUCACAGGAUCGGUCAGCAGAAGCAGGUGCGUGUUUUCAGAUUCAUCACCGAGAACACAGUGGAGGAGAGGAUCGUGGAGAGGGCUGAGAUGAAGCUGCGAUUAGACUCCAUUGUGAUCCAGCAAGGACGACUGGUGGACCCGAGCGCCAACAAACUGGGCAAAGAUGAGAUGCUGUCGAUCAUCCGUCACGGAGCCACACACGUUUUCUCCUCUAAAGAGAGCGAGAUCACGGAUGAUGACAUCGACGCCAUUCUGGAGAGAGGAGAGAAGAAGACGGCGGAGAUGUCGGAGAAACUGUCGUCUCUGGGUGAAAGCUCUUUGAGGAACUUCACCAUGGACACGGAGGGCAGCAGCGUCUACACGUUUGAGGGGGAGGACUACAGGGAGAAGAAAAAGGUCAUUACCAACUGGAUCGAGCCUCCCAAAAGAGAAAGGAAAGCCAAUUACGCUGUGGACGCUUACUUUAGAGAAGCUCUGAGAGUGAGUGAGCCCAAAGCCCCCAAGGCUCCAAGACCUCCUAAGCAGCCAAAUGUCCAGGACUUCCAAUUCUUUCCACCACGACUUUUUGAGCUCCUAGAAAAAGAAAUUCUCUUCUACAGAAAGACGAUUGGCUACAAGGUCCCUCGUAACCCAGAAUUGCCAAACUCAGCUCAGGUCCAGAAAGAGGAGCAGUCCAAGAUCGAUGAGGCAGAAACGCUAACGGAAGAGGAACUAGAGGAAAAGGAAAAUCUGCUACAACAGGGCUUUACCGCAUGGAACAAACGCGACUUCAAUCAGUUCAUCAAAGCCAACGAGAAAUGGGGACGUGAUGACAUCGAGAACAUCGCCAGAGAGGUGGAGGGUAAAACUCCCGAAGAGGUCAUGGAAUAUUCAGCUGUCUUCUGGGAGCGCUGCAACGAGCUACAGGACAUAGAAAAGAUCAUGGCUCAGAUCGAGAGAGGAGAAGCCAGGAUUCAGAGAAGGAUCAGCAUCAAGAAAGCACUGGACUCAAAGAUCGGCCGCUACAAGGCUCCAUUCCAUCAGCUCCGCAUAUCGUACGGCACAAACAAAGGCAAGAACUACACGGAAGAGGAGGACCGCUUCCUCAUCUGUAUGCUCCACAAACUCGGCUUCGACAAGGAGAGUGUCUACGACGAACUGCGCCAGUGCAUCCGGAACUCGCCGCAGUUUCGCUUUGACUGGUUCCUCAAGUCCAGGACAGCCAUGGAGCUGCAAAGGCGCUGUAACACACUGAUCACACUAAUCGAGAGGGAGAACAUGGAGCUGGAGGAGAGGGAGAAGGCCGAGAAGAAGAAGAGAGGACCAAAGACUGGAUCUGCUCAGAAGAGGAAGUCUGAAGGGACCCCAGAUGGACGCGGACGCAAGAAAAAGCUCAAGUUGUGAAGACGUCAACAUAAAUUCCCUGAGAGCAGCUGUGGUCCCAGUAUGGUUAGCCCUAGUGUCUGUAAUAAUGUACUGUCGCCCCCUAGUGGACUGAUGUCGUCAUGUUCGGUAGAGGUGCUUGUCACUUCGGAACACUGCAGCUGUGCUGGUCUAGUUUUAUUGGCUAGUCAUUUUUUACUAGUGCUUUACUCAAAUGUAUUUAUGCCCGUUGGUUGUACCACAUUCCAUUGCUUGAACAAUAUGUACCAUUUUAUUUUAAGAAAUCUGUUCAGUUCUUUCUAUGUGAAGUAGGAAAUGUUUCGAACUUCAAAAUAAACGUCCCUUUUUUUAAUAA